CAGAACUGGUGCGUGUCAAUGCAGAAACAGGAAGAGAAUUCUUGUGAUGGUAUAACAGAAGAACGAAACAGUGGCAUAAAUAGCUGUGUGUGCUUGUUUAGUAACUUUCAUGUGGCUGUCAAUUUCAGGAAGCAGACAGUUUAGCUGGGAAAGAUGACACUGGAAGAGAGUCCUCACCUGGUCCUGGGCAGAGUUCGGUUCCUACUAGAAUGCAUUCAGUAUUUUAGGGAGACAAAGCCCCUGCCUGAAUCUCUGUGUUAUGUUCCUAAAGAUGUCUACUACAAGAUCUGUAGGGAUUCUCAAUCAGUCAUUUAUACUGGGAAAAACUACAUCCCUGUCUGGGAAUCACCACGCCUGUCCAAAAAGAUCUCAAAAUUCAUCAAGUUUAAAAUUGAACUCAGAAAAGGUGCCUGCAUCCGUGCCACAGGGGAAGAAUACCUGAACUCCUAUGGCUUAUGGGUUAAAAUGAACAAAGAGCAGAUGGAAGAAUACAAAAGUGGAUGUCAGCUGGAGGAAGGAUGGAUUGUACUAGGUAGGAAUGCUGAUGGGUGGAAUAGAUUACAGCCAGUAGAAUCACUAGACCGAAUCCAGAAUGAACAACUGCUGUAUGGUUAUGGUCACAAAACAGUUAACAGGUGGGAACAAGUAGUUGAUGCAAAAUACUCUCAUAUCGCUGGACAAAACAUAAAAAUCGCAGAGAUGGAUGAAGUGGCUGUGAAGAGGUUAAGGUACAUUCCACCAAACUGGACAUAUGAAUGUGAUGAAGAUUUGAUACACUAUUUACAUGAUGCUAAGGACAGAGAAACUGAGAAUUUCAGCAAUGUCAGUCAGUAUCUGGAGAAGAUUGAAGUUUCAUCAGAAGAGGGUGAGGCAUCUGCUCGUUUGACAGAUGGACUUUCUGAGACCUACUGGCAAAGUACCAGCUGUGAGAAACCUCACUGGAUACGUCUGCACAUGAAGAAAAAUGUAAUUAUCAAGAAGCUCAUUUUAUUGAUGGAUGAAAUGGAUAGUUCCUUUUUGCCAAAGAAGGUUAAUGUCUAUGGGAAGCAGUCCAAUGACUUAAAGAUACUCAAUGAAAUUGAAAUUGACAAUUCUAGUUAUUUAUCUGGAGAAGCGUGUGUUCUGGAAUUCAUGCACAUCUUUAUGCCUACGAUAGAAAUCCACAUUCUGGAGUGUGAAGCUGGUGGAAUGGAUACUCGAAUCAGGGGACUGAAGAUUAUACCUCAAACAUUAAAUGUUGGAAUGGGUACAGAUGUUAAUGCGGAUAUCUUCCAAUCAUCUAAUCUUACCCAUUAUCCUAAACUUGCAAGAGUUGAACCAGAUGUAUUGUACCAGCGGGCAAUUGUUAUUCUCAGGUUUUCAAAAAUUCUGGGUAACAUCAUCACCCACCUAAUACCUGCGUGGAAUUACAGUAUAGGCACCUUCCUUCAGCUCAGGUAUAUCCGUCAGUUCUUCUUAUUGAUUAAGCAACGCUCUCCGCUCAUCGUUCAGCUUCUAAAGGACACAGAAAGUGAGUCUCCAGCUGUAUUACCCAACGUGGUUAUUAAUAGAAGGCUAGCACUGAAACACCGUGAAAAUCCUUCCUUUGACCCCAGCUACAACAAUUCUAUAUUCUCUCAGAUGUAUUUUGGCUUGAAAUAUUCAAAAGAAAUUCAAACACCACUUAAUUAUAGGUGGUCGGCAAGAUACACCCAGUGGUGGAAGUGCACCUUUGUCUUAGAAAAUAUGAUAGAUGGAGGUGGAGGAUUUCGUGAAAGCUUAUCAGACAUUUCAGAGGAGCUGUGUCCAAGCCAAAUGGAUGGUCCGCUACCUUUGCCUUUUUUUGUAAGAACAUCCAAUCAGGGUAAUGACACAGGGGAGAGCAGGGAUACGUAUGUCCCAAACCCUUCCUGUAAAGAUUUUGCCAAAUAUGAAUGGAUUGGUCAGCUUAUGGGAGCUGCCUUCAGAGGAAAUGAAUUCCUGGUUAUGGCAUUUCCUCCUAUUGUAUGGAAGCAGUUAACAGGAGAAGCAGUUAGCUGGAACAAGGAUUAUCUUGCAGUGGAUUUCAUGCUGGUAAAGCUGCUGGAAACACUGGAGGAAAUUGAUGAGGAGGCAUUUGAAUUUCAGUUUGGCAAUGAGUUGACAUACACUACAAUGCUCAGUGACCAGAGGGUGGUGGAUCUAAUCCCAGGUGGCAGCCAUAUCCCCGUUAAGUAUGAAGACAGGAAGGAAUUCAUUCAAUUGGUCCAAAAAGCCAGACUACAGGAGAGCAGGAAACAGAUUUCAGCAAUGAAGGCUGGACUAGUCAAGGUUGUACCACACAUUGCCCUGAGUCUACUAACAUGGCAGGAGAUAGAGAAGAAAAUCUGUGGGGAUCCAGAGAUUACAGUUGAGGAGAUAAAAAAAAAAGCUGAAUAUCUUGACCUUGAAGCAACUGAUAGACGUGUCACAUUCUUAUGGGAGGCUCUGACAAACUUCACCAAUGAGGAGCGGAGCCGGUUUUUGAGGUUUGUUACCGGCAGAAGUCGUCUCUCUACUUCCAUAAUAAUUUGUGCAGGCAAAUUAUCAAACAAUGAAGAGUCUCCAGAUGCAUUUCCAGAAUCUUCUACCUGUUCCAGAACCCUCUACCUCCCAGACUAUCCAAGUGCACAGGUGUGUGAAGAGAAACUACGCUAUGCAACCUAUAACUGCUUGUCAAUAGAUGCUGAUGGCACAGUUCACACUGAUGAGUGAAGACUGGUGUUCAUAGAAAAAUCAAUUAAACAGAUGGUUCAAGUUCACGAGCAACUUUUUUAACACAGUAAAAUAGAGCUUACAGUAAUAUAUUCUACUGUUAAUAAAAAGUUAAAGAUUUUAAUAAUAAAUCUAUUUUCUCUUGAAAUAGCCAUGA